AUGUCGGGACGCAAACAGAAAGUGAUGGUUCCUCCCAUCAAUCAGAUCUUCAAAUAUCUUCAGCAGCAGUCGCGGGUGACUAUAUGGCUUUACGAGCAGGUCGGAGUCAGAAUUACCGGUAUCAUACGUGGAUUUGACGAGUUUAUGAACAUAGUGAUAGACGAGGCUGUUGAGGUGGAGGUUGACACGCAAAAGGAGCGCAAAUUGGGCAGAAUUUUACUCAAGGGCGAUAAUAUCACGCUAGUUAGUGGGGAGUGA